AUGUCAUUUAGAAUUUGUUUGAUGGCUUAUGACCGGAUUGAAAUUGUUGAUUUCUUAUACUAUAUUGUCUUUAAGUCUAAUACAGAUUACAUUUCCGCCUUAUUUUCUCCUUGGGGUAUUUUUGGCUCUAGCGACUGGAAAGCAGUUCCUGAUAUUUGGAGAACAGCUGCAGAAAAGUAUGCUGAUCGUAUUGCAUUGAUAGAUCCAUACCAUGAACCUCCUUUAGAGUUGACUUAUAAGCAGCUUGAGCAAGAGAUUUUAGAUUUCUCUGAAGGCUUAAGAGUUGUCGUUGUAAAGCCAGAUGAAAAGGUUGCCCUUUUUGCUGAUAAUUCAUGUCGGUGGUUAAUUGCUGACCAUGCUUAUGGUGUGUACGAUUUGCUCCAGAAUCCAACAAUCAUCUCAUUUCAUCUUGGGAUUCUUCAAGCUAUAAAUCAUUCACAGCUUUUUCAGUUUAUAAAAGAGUUGAAUAAGACUCUGUUUGGUUCUGAGUUGAAGGUUGUCUCUUUAGGUUCUAGGAAGAAUCUCUGCAUCAAUCAAGAGGUGCUGAAGAUUGGUAACCCUGCUAGUAUCAAUGAACGUUGUUUGGAGCUGCACAAUAGUAAGAAAAGUGGAGGUUCAAAGAUCAAGGUUUUCAAAGGCAGAAAGAUGGCUGGGCGCAUGGGUGGCAAACAGCGGACAGUGAAAAUCGGUGGGAAAAGAAAUAGGCGGGAUUGGAAUUAUACAAAGAUUAUUAUUCAUUCAGAUUGGACCAUCAGAUCACAUGUUCUUACAAAGCAAGGAGUUCUAACAUGGGUUUACAAAGCAAAGCAAUGCAAGCAGUAGCAGAAUAGCAAUAGCAGAACAGCAAACAGAACACAAAGUAGCAGAAGCAGUAGCAGAACAGCAGUAGUUAUGAUAUCCUAGCUGUGAUAGUUCUUGGAGUUAUCGGAGGUGUUCUGGGCAGCUUUUAUAAUUAUCUUGUUGACAUGCACUAUCGUUCACAACGUUGUAGCACUAGGCCCAGCAAAACAGCUAUAUGUUUUUUUUUUUUUUUCAGUUUUUAAAGUGUAAUAUUACAAGUUAUUGAGACAAAUAUAUGUGUUUUAUGU